AACACCCAACCGGAUGAUCAUAGCAAACAGUGCAGUCGGUGCAGUGUUUGCGAAGGUGUACAGUGCGCGUCUCAUCACCAUGGCGAGUAAAAAUCCUUCGAUUGCUUGGAUAGUGUGUGUUGUCAUCGCCAGUUUGACAACGAAAGGAUACGGCUGGAAUCUUCCUGCCUCGUACUACCAGGGAGCUGGUGGUGCAGGUGCUGGUGGUGGAUACUUUGGAGGUCGUGGCGAAAGCACUCUCAACAAUCAAGGUCUAGCUGGUGCGAGUGCUGGCUCGUGGAAUGCGGGUGGCGUUGGUGGUGGUGGUGGUUUCCCUAGCCAAGGCCAAACAGGUGCAGGAGCAUCCAGUGGCGUUGAUAGAGCGGCCAGCUUCGGAGGCAACCAGUGGAGUGCUGGUGGCGAUGGUAGAGGCCUCGGUGGAGGAGUCGCUCCCGGAGGUGUGUCAACUGGCGGUGGUGACCUUGGAGCAGGUGGAACAGGUUUUCAACAAGGAGGAACAGGUGCGGGAGUAGGAGGUAGUGGCUCUGGAGCUCCCUUAGGUGCAGGUUCUGGAAGUGGGUUCGGAUACAACGGUCAGGCGGGUGGUUUCGGUGGUUCCAACUUUGGCCAGGGUCAGUAUGCACCUCACAACACCAAUGGAGUAGCGUCUGGUGCUAGUGGCUUUGGAGGAUCUUUUGGAGGAUCUGGGGGCAACUAUGGACCAAGUGGACAUCAUCACGGCUAUCGCCAUCCCACGACCUAUGCUGGUCGUCCAAUGACGCUCGUAUAUCCGGCCGGUGGCUGGCCCUGGCACGGUGUUGGCUACGUUUAUCGUGUACCCGUCGCACACAUCAACCCGGACGGUAGCUACGGAUUCUCUUACUACACACCAAACUCAGCGCGGGAUGAAACCGGACACGCCAAUGGCAACGUGGAAGGAACGUACGGGUUUCAGAACGACGGUGCCAAGCAUAACUUUUCGUUUAACGCAGCGCCGGAUGUAGAUUUACGUUCAAGCAUCGGUGACACUCGCCUUGGUGGACUCAAUCCAGAUGAGUACGGGCCACAAUCGGUACACUCGCGGGGACGCUUGCCCCUGAUACCGGCAACAUCGUUUGAUGGAGCGGCUGAUGAGCAAACAAGAACAGCAGAUGGUUUGCCAGUGUCUGUAGAACAAUCAACUGGUGCGAACAGCUGGUCUACUAGGAGUGGCAUUGAUGGAGCAGGUUCUGAAGGUGGAUCUGAUGAUAGCUCCCUAUCUGUUGUUGGUUUACCGAAAGCAACGACCGAAGCAGGCGAUGCUUCCCAGCCUACUGCUCGCGAUCAAGUAGUGCGUGGAUCGACGGAACACAGUGCUAACGAGUUGGAUGGUCGCAGGUUAGGAGGAUUCGACGGAACAGCAACAACCGUUCGCCCUCUAGGCGGAUCAGUUGAACAAGUGGGUGCACGUCCUGUAAAUGAUGUUCCCUCGUACAGUAAUGAAAUUGAUCGAAACGGUGUGCAAUACAAUGGUGGAGUUGGCAUUGUUCCAGUUGAUCGAUCGUACCAGUUUGGCUACCAAACACCGGACGCAACGCGCGAAGAAUCGGCCGAUCAAGCGGGCAACGUGCGUGGAUCGUUUUCGUACAACAAUGAGGCAGGGCGUAAUGAUCUUCAGUAUGUGGCCGGAACUGGGAUGGGAUUCCGCCCAACCGGAGGUAGUCUAUCCGUACCGAAUGGUUUGCCUGGAGACAACGGACAACGAUUCGGUCCGGCCACUGGUGCUGGUGGAGUGUUUGGAGUUGACGGAGGCCGCUCUCUUGGGGCUGGAAGUCAAGGAGCUCAAGUCGGUGGUGGAUUAGGCGGUGCCUUCGGUGGAUCUGAUGCAGGAUUUGUAGGUGAUGGAAGAUCUGUAGCUACUGGAGACCAAGGAGCACCACUUGGCGGUACAGCAGGAUCUGGAUUUGGGAUGGACGGAAGGUCUUUAGCGUUUGGCAGCCAAGGAUCACAGCUUGGUGGUGGAGUUGGUGGAGGAUUUGGAACAGGAGUGGGCAAUGGGUUUGGAGCUGAUGGAAGGCCUCUAGGUUCCGGUACUGGCGUUGGAGUUGAUGGAAGAAGUUUUGGAUCACAACCAGGUGGAGGAUUUGGAGCAGGAUCUGGUGCUGGUUUUGGAGCUGAUGGAAGACCAUUAGGCUUUGGCAACCAAGGAACACAGACGGUCUCGGGAACAGGAUCUGGUGCUGGUUUUGGAGCCGAUGGAAGACCUUUAGGCUUUGGCAAUCAGGGAACACAGUCCGGUGGUGAUGGAGUUGGUGGUGCGUUUGGAACAAGAUCGGGCUCUGGUUUUGGGGCUGGUGGGUUUGGAAACCAAGGAGCAUCUGGAGCUGCCUUUGGUGCUGACGGAAGACGUUUAGGCUUUGGAAAUCAAGGCACCCAGUUCGGAGCAGGUGGAAAUGGUGCGUCCUUCGGAGGUUCCGAUGGAAGAUCGUUCGGAUUCGGCAACCAAGGUGGACAAGGCUUUGCCACAGCUGAUAGAGGAUUGCAAGCAGCAACUACACGUAAUCCGGUCACUAGAAGUCCCUCCGCCGGAUCAUUCGAUGGAUCCGGAUUAAGCUCUGCAGAUGAAGGGGAAGAAAGCACUACAUUAAACGCUCCAGACGAUUCAGAACAAAGGAACACGUUCGGUGGCUUUGGGGAUGUAUCUCGAGCCGGUCUCUUUACGAACGCAAACCGUCGCUUGGUACAGUGAACUAUGUAAAAACUAAUAAAAAGGCUCUUUGGGAUUUUUUAAUUCGGAAAA